AUGCUUGAAGUGUCGCCUUGGAAAGGUGUAGUAAGAUUCAUUAAGAGGGGGAAACUAGCUCCAAGAUAUAUUGGACCGUUCGAGAUUACAGAGAGAAUAGGUGUUGUUGCUUACCGUUUGAAACUUCCCCUUGAACUUAGUAAUGUUCACGAUGUAUUCCAUGUAUCGAACCUUAAGAAGUGCUUAGCUGAUGAGACGAGAAACGUUCCUUUAAACGAAAUACGUGUAGAUAGUAACUUAAGCUUCAAGGAAGAACCUGUUGAGAUUAUGGAACGGGAGGUCAAAAAGCUCAAAAGACAUAAGUAUACUAUUGUGAAAGUUCGUUGGAACUCCCAUAGAGGCCCAGAGUUUACUUGGGAACGAGAAGAUCAAAUGAAGCUUAAGUAUCCACACUUGUUCGCCUAA